AUGAUGCAAGCAUAUGAUUACGAUUCAGAUGAAUCACAAACGACGUCAGAUGAGCACAUCAAUUCGAGGAAUUCUUCUCAUUCUGACACUGCAUCAUCAUCAUCAUCUCCUCCAAUUCUCUUCAAUCCAAGACCACACGUCGUUAAAAUAGUGAAAUCAGAUACGGGAUUCGGUUUUAAUGUAAAAGGACAAGUCAGCGAAGGAGGACAAUUGAGAAGUCUAAAUGGAGAAUUGUAUGCUCCAUUACAACAUGUUAGUGCUGUAUUGCAUAGAGGUGCUGCUGAUACGGCAGGUCUUCGGAAGGGAGAUCGAAUACUGGAAGUGAAUGGAUUACACGUGGAAGGAGCAGCGCAUCGAAAUGUUGUAGAUAUGAUAAAGAAUGGAGGAAAUGAAUUGACAAUGAUUGUAGUUUCUGUAGAAGACCCCGAUAUGGAUAGGUUUGAUUAUGGAGAAGAGAGUUCGAUGGCUUAUGGACACGAUUAUACGGAAAAUAGGUCACUUCCAGUCACGAUCCCCUCGUAUAACAAAGUGAAUGAUGCUUUGGAGAGGUAUACGGUGUUCAAUAUCCAUAUGGCAGGUCGUCAACUUGGUUCAAGAAGAUAUUCGGAGUUUGUUGAACUUCAUUCGGCACUCAAACGACAUUUUUAUGAUUAUUCGUUUCCUCGACUUCCGGGAAAACGAAUAUUCAGGUUAAAUGAACAAGAACUAGAUCAGAGAAGAAGAGGCUUGGAACAGUAUUUAGAGAAGAUUUGUACGAUUAGAGUGAUUGCGGAAUCGGAUCUGGUGCAGAAGUUCUUGAUGGAAUGUGAUCCAAUGUGCGAAGUGGAGAUUCGAUUGAUGCUUCCGAAUGCUACAGCAAUGUCAAUUAGAACAAGACGGAGUAUUUCAGCUUCAUUAUUCUAUACAUCAGCUCAUCGAAGAUUGCAAAUGAGUCGAGAAGCUGCAGCGGCUUGUGCUAUUUUCGAGUUGUUGGAUAAUUCUUUUGAACGAAAAGUGAAUGAAAGUGAGAGUGUCCACGAACUAUACACUCAUAACUAUUCAUCUGCAUCGUCUUCUUGCCUCCUCUUCCGAAAAUUUUUAUUCGAUAUCGAUAGAGAAAGGACACUUUGUAAACGAGAUAUGAUGUUCAAACAGUUCUGUUUCUUCCAAGCAAUCGCUGAUUUGCAUAGUGGAAAAGUGAUAACAACGAGAAAGAAUUACCAGUUGAAAGCUAUUCAAAACGAGGAGAAUAUGGAUGAGUUUCUGGAAAUGGCACGGGAAUUGGAAGGAUACAAUCAGGUUACAUUCCCUCCCAGUGUUUGUAUUUUGAGGAAGAGACGACAGACUGUUAUCAUGGUUAUCAGAUUUGCGAAUCUUCUUUUGAAAUGUCCGGAAGACGGAAACGCAAUGGAAAUCGAGUGGGAUCGUAUUCAAGACUUCAGAGUUUGUGACGAAGGAACUGCGUUUUCAUUCGAGUAUUUGAGAGAUGGUGACGAGUCGAAUGGAGCAGAAAAUGGAGAAGAAACGAGGAGGAAGAAGUCAAAAUAUGUCAAGCUUGAAACUGGAUUUGCUGAAUACAUGGCUGACUGCUUUGCUCAAAUUCACACGGAACGUCAAUCUGGCUCCGAUGGGAAAAAAGAUCAAACGAGAAUUCCAGUACCAAAAGAACCGGCUCCAGAACCCCCAGCUCCUCCGGAAACAAACGAAACUCCGCCCCCAACUCAUAAAAUUCAAUUUGAAAAACGUAUUUUAGAGCAACAUCGAGAUUAUAUUGACUAA